GCAGCCGCUUGUAAACAUCCUACUGAUGUUCUAAUUCUCAGUCAGGAGUGCAUACAUCGUAUUGUAUGUAAGACUGUGAAUAUGGAUUUAUUUGCAUAGGAAAUAAACCCUUGUGAAAAACUGAGUCGACAACAAGUCAAAAUUGAAUAGUGUGUGCAAGCAAUACGGGUUGGGUUAAGUUUACUGAUAACCGUAUAGCGUAUACCAUCAUUCCCAAUCAGUACGCUAAAGGUAUUAGAACAUGACUGCUGUGAAAAUAUUUUCUCAUGUCGUUUUGAUCGCUAUGUUGUGGGGCGGUGGGACGGGUGUAUCAGUGACGUCAGAAAAGGCUGGGAGCUUCUUAGGAGUCACCGGAAACGUCAGCAUCCAUCUGGACAAAAGAACGCCAGCUGUUCUAAAGGCGGUCAUCAGAUUCCUCGGUGUUCCAUACGCAAAACCGCCAAUAGGCAACUUGCGUUUCCGGCGCCCGGAACCGUUGGAUAAACUGACGUCACUGUUCAACGCUACAUUCCAAAGACCGUUUUGUCCGCAAACGCAAGAAAUGCAUGAUCCAGUGAAAUUCUUCCAAACAAGCGAGAACUGUUUGGUCAUGAAUAUUUAUGUGCCUGGAAGUGAAAUAAAUGUUACUAAGGCCUACCCUGUAAUGAUUUGGAUCCACGGUGGGGCAUUUGCUUUUGGCGGUGCGUACGCAUACUCAGGUGACGUCAUAUCAACGCUUGGUGACGUCAUUGUAGUCGUUGUCCAGUAUCGACUUAAUGCCUUCGGGUUCCUAAGCGACGGAACGGCGUCAUCUGGUAAUUUCGGCCUAUGGGACCAGAAAAUGGCUAUUCAGUGGGUACACGAUAACAUACGAGUGUUCGGCGGCGACCCGACGUCGGUGACGCUGUUCGGACAGUCGGCGGGCAGCGUAAGCGUGCUCUUCCAAGCCCUACAUCCGGGAAACGCCGGUCUCUUCUCGCGCGUAAUUGCCGAGAGCGGAAGUCCUCUGGCAACAUGGGCAAGGACCUCAAAGGCGGGUACUAGUUUCAAAGCUUUUGCUGUGCGUUUCGGGUGCGAUAAAUCAUCAACAGAAGAGUCUUGGGCCUGCAUGCGCACCAAGGACUACAAAGACAUUUUGGCUAACGUGCAGUUGACCUCUGAUAGUUUAGUUCCGUUCGUUGAUGGCGACUUUAUCGUAGAACUUCCCCUUUAUCACAUAACCGGAGGCGAUAUCUCGAAUACCGGUAGAACAGCUCUGGCUCAAUUCGCGAGCAUCGAUUUACUAAGCGGUGUAACAAGCAGCGAUGCCGCCUUGUUCAUCACGGAAAGAUUUGAGCCAAUGUUAAAAACCAUGGGUUUGGACAUUGCUAAUGGAGUGCCUCGUGAUGUCUUUCUCAGAACGUUCCUGUCCGGAAGUCUGCAGGAGGCGUUAGGACAGCCCGCGACUUCCGGUGUCUCUCAGGCUUUCAUACACGAGUAUACGAACUGGAAGGCCCCCGAUGACGCUGUUGGGGUCAGAGGUCAAAUGAUUGACUUUUCGACGGAUUUCUCGUUCCUUUUGCCCGCCGUAACUAUAGCGAGAAUUCAUAGUAAUCUGACGAUAGGGACGCCGAGGCGCACGUUUCUCUAUGAAUUCGACCACAAGGCGUCUUUCGACCCACUUCCUCUCUGGCUUCGGGGAGCGAAGCACGGCGCGGAGGUGCCGUUCGUGUUUGGCUUCGUUGACGAACUUAAGGUGUUUGCUGGCAUCCCUCCCAGUGUUCCGAAUCCCUUUAAAAUACCGGACCAAGAAAACUACCUCGCACUAGUUAUGCUUACAAUGUGGACCAACUUUGCUAAAACUGGAAACCCCAACUCAGCCUCUCUAACGAACGACAACAUUCCCACGUGGACUGAGUAUGACCCGGUCAACGGCUCGUACUUCCGCUUCAUUUCCAAUAUAACGUCAUCGGAGGUUACAAGUCACCAUCUCGCGGCGUCUCGAGUGGCCUUCUGGACUGAACUGGUUCCCGCGUUAUUAAGCGUCAGUAACUGUACGCAGCAGCACCAAAGACCUACUUCCGCCUCUCUCAGGGAAAAUAUCAGUGUGGUUUCCGUUAUGAUGAUGCUGACUGCGUGGGUGUUUUUUCGUGUUUGAAUUACCAUGUGAUAUAUUUUAAAAAUACAAUUCCAACUUGUUUUUUAUGGAAAGAGGUACAUACCGGUAAUCUCAUAUCUCGCUAUCUGCUUUAAUCCGGAUUAUGUUGUGUUUUGUUAAGUGCUUGUGUGUUUUGUUUUAUUUUUCAUUAGAAAAAGUACCCUUAUUGCAAACAUGUUUUACUUAAAUGACAUUGCAAUUAGGUUAUCAAUUGUUAAUCAAUGAUCGAUGAUAUUGGGACUUGUUUAUUUAAGUGAUUCAUAAUAUUAUAUGUUUGCAUAAUAUCAAAUCGAUUUACUUAAAAUUAUUCAUAGACAACGUUUAGAGAAACGGACAGUCCAACUGCGUUUAAGUUUUAAACUGGUCCGCAUUAAUGCGCUCAUCAAAGAGUUAAACACUCGGCAUUUAGCACUGAUAGUAAAAUAAAAUAAUUAUAAAAAUAA